AGUAGCUACUAGCCUACAGUUUGUAGAGGACACGCACCGGAGCCAUGGACAUAAACGUUGUAAAUGCUCUAACAUACGAGGAUUUUGUGAAACUAUUCGGUAAUGUGGUUGAGAAAUGCCCCCUCAUUCCGGCUGCAAUAUGGUCCCACCGGCCAUUCAAAGAUCUAGCGGACAUCGAGGCUCACAUAAGAAAAUUCAUUCACAGUCUACCAGACUCAGGUAAAGAGGGCGUUUUGCGGUGUCACCCUGAUUUGGCGGGUCUGGACCUCCAGAGAGGGACUCUAACACGCGAGUCUCAAGAAGAGCAGAGUCAAGCCGGUAUGACCACACUGGAUUCCGCAGAGAGUCUGCAAAUGUACAGUCUAAACACAGACUACAAGGAGCGCUUUGGCUUUCCUUUUGUCAUCUGUGCCCGUCUCAACAGCAAAGCAGACAUUGUGCGCCAGCUGUCUGAACGCCUGAAGAACGACCGUGCAGUCGAAGAGGUUACAACCCUCUGUAGCCUCAGGUUACGCAAUAUUGUCCUAUCUGACAUUCAAACCAAACUGUAACUCAAGUUACCAAUGCAAAACGUGUUUACUGCAUCUUUCUACUUGAUUGUAUAUUUCUUUAAUAAGUAGGUAACAGACACACAAAAUAAGUUGCUAGGAAAUAGGCUAUGCCUACAAAAGAAUUGAUCCAUAUGAAAUAACAUUGUUCUAAAAACGUUAACCCAUUCAGUUAUGAAAACGUUAUUUCUCAUGUCUUCUGAAUGUUUUAUAACGUCCAGGUUUUUAAAUGUUUUAAAAAAACUUUUUUUUCUUGGUUGUGUGAACGUAAUAAUUACGGGUUACGUAUAGCCUAUUUGAUCAUUUUGCAAACGCGAUGGGAAAAUUACUUUUGAUGUUCUCUGAACCCUCUGACGCUAGUAACAUCCAAAUGUUUCAGAAACACGUUCCAUGAAUGAUGUAUUGUUUUGUGCUAAUGUUUUGAGAACGUUAUUAAAGACAAGGGGCGUUGCUAAAAGGGGGACCGAGUGCAUAUAGGGCCCAGAGGGUGAGAGGGGCCCAGAACGAUGUCCCCUGAAAGAUUAACGAUGAAAGAUGUCCUCGACAAAGUGAUUUUGAGGGGGCCCCAUAGCAAGGGGCCCAGAAUUCCUAUAUGCCACAUUUUUUUGGCACCUCUAACGCAGCAAGUUAACUGCGAUGCUCUGUAAAUCUAUAAUAAAAUGGAGUGAUAAAAAUGGCAGUACUUAUGCUUUUGUAGAUGUACCCAUAGUGAUCCUAUAAAAAUGCUCAAACAGCUAAUGUUGCUAUGGUUACCUCAGCUUUCGAGCAUCUCUUUAGCAAUUUAGUAACCUGUGGUUUUGUUUGAAACAUAGGUUAUAUGCAGGCUACCUACCGCCAUAAUAAUUAAUAAUGAAUCAUUUCAGUAGCCUAAAUGAAAUUAUUGCAUAUUGUGUUGUUUUUGUCGCAUCGGUUAAUAAACUUUGGGUUAUGAUUACUAUUCUUAUGUGCACCAAAUUAAAACAAAUGACAUGACGCCACA